AAAAGAAUUAAAAUAAAUUGGUCUAUGAAAUAAUUGAAACCGUGAAAUAUUUUUCAGCUGAAAAUAAACGAUUUUAUCCUUGUUUUAGCUUACCUAUCUUCUUAUUUGAUUGGAAAGUACACAAUGCUUAAUUUAAAGGCGUAGCGAUGUUCUUGGACUUCGAUGAUGCAACGAGAUGAUGAAGAUAAGUACUGUCCCGCAUGUUGUGUUGUUAGAAGUGGAAGUAAUACAUUAAGUUGGUAUUGUCUUGUGUAAGGCUCAAAAGUCAACCGUGCGUCUUUCCUUCCCGUAUGGCUGCAUAUGUUAACCGCACCAUUUCGAUGAUGGCGGGCGACGGGCCACACAAUGUUGCAACACUGAACAACGGAAAUGUCCGUGUGAACAUGACCAAUGUGGAUUCACCUCUUCAGAUAUUUGUGAGAGCCAAGAAGAAGAUAAAUGAUAUAUUUGUGGAGAUUGACGACUAUGUCAAAGAUGCUGUGACAUUUAUGCAUGCGGUGUCGGGUGAGCCCGGCAUCGCCACAGCGCAGGAUGUGACCAACGUGGAGGGGUUCGUGGACAAGGUGCAGGCCAUCCGCGAGGUGCUCAAGAGGGACCACAUGAAGGUCGCCUUCUUUGGACGGACAAGCAACGGCAAGAGCACGGUCAUCAACGCGAUGCUGCACGACAAGAUCCUGCCGAGCGGCAUCGGGCACACCACCAACUGCUUCCUGCAGGUGGAGGGCUCCGACACCGACGAGGCCUUCCUGCGCACUGAGGGCAGCACCGAGAAGCAGAACGUACAGUCGGUGGGCCAGCUCGGGCACGCACUAUGCGACACACGCCUCCAAGAAUGUUCCCUCGUGCACGUGUACUGGCCGCGCGAGCUGUGCGCGCUACUCCGCGACGACGUGGUGCUGGUGGACAGCCCCGGCGUGGACGUCACGCCGAAUCUGGACGACUGGAUCGACCAGUACUGUUUGGACGCGGACGUGUUUGUGCUGGUCGCGAAUUCGGAGUCGACGCUUAUGUUAACUGAGAAGAACUUCUUUCACAAAGUGUCGACGAAGAUCUCCCAGCCGAACAUAUUCAUACUGAACAACCGCUGGGACGCGUCCGCCUCGGAACCAGAAUAUUUGGACCAGGUCCGCACGCAGCACGCGGACCGCUGCGUGGACUUCCUGGCGCGCGAGCUGCGCGUGUGCAGCGCCAAGGAGGCGGAGGAGCGCAUCUUCUUCAUCUCCGCCAAGGAGGCGCUCAUGACGCGACUGCGCGAGCGCGAGAAGCCCGUCAGCUCUCCGAUCCUCGCGGACGGGCACCAGAUCCGCUACUUCGAGUUCCUGGACUUCGAGCGCAAGUUCGAGGAGUGCAUCAGCCAGUCGGCCGUAAGGACCAAGUUCGCGCAGCACUCGCGCCGCGGCAAGAGCAUCGCCGCCGACGUGUGCGCCGUGCUCGACCAUAUAUAUACGAACGCGACGGAGCUGAAGGCGGCCAAGGUGGAGCAACAACGGGUUCUACACGAGCAGCUCAGCGCCAUCGAGGAGCAGCUCACCAGCAGCACGCGCCAGAUGAAGGACAAGAUCAACCGCAUGGUCGAGAGCGUCGAGCACAAGGUAUCGCUGACGCUCAGCCAAGAAAUCCGGCGACUAUCAGCCCUAGUGGACGAGUACGACCAGCCGUUCCGCUCGGACCGCGCCGCGCUGGACGCCUACAAGCGCGCGCUGCACCGCCACGUGGAGAGCGGGCUCGGCUCCCGGCUCAAGAAGAGACUGUCCUCCGACAUCGGCCACGAGAUGGACGAGGCACAGAAGGAGAUGGCUGAGCGCAUGUACAGCAUCCUGCCGAGCGGCAAGCGCGCGGCGGCCGCCAACUACAUCAUCCCGCACCAGCAGCCCUUCGAGGUGCUCUACAGACUGAACUGCGACAACCUGUGCGCGGACUUCCAGGAGGACCUGUCGUUCCGCUUCUCGUACGGCAUCACGGCGCUCAUCCAGCGCUUCCAGGGCAAGCACGGCGCGCGCCUCGCGCUCAAGAACCCGCCCAACUACACCCCCCUCCCAGCCACCAUCAGCGCUGCGCCGCCCGCGCUGGCGACCCCGCGCUCGGCCGGCCCGCUCAGCGCCGAGGAGUGGGGCAUGGUGUCCAAGUUCGCGCUCGGAGCCGUGACCAGCCAGGGCACCAUGGGCGGCCUGCUGCUGUCUGGACUCCUGCUGAAGACAGUGGGCUGGCGCAUCGUGGCGGUCACGGGCGUGCUCUACGGAGCCCUGUACCUAUACGAGCGGCUGACGUGGACGGGCGCGGCGCAGGAGAGACUGUUCAAGCGGCAGUACGUGGCUCACGCCGGGAAGAAGUUGAGGCUCAUUGUGGAUCUUACUUCGGCGAAUUGCAGCCAUCAGGUGCAGCAGGAGCUGUCGACGAUGUUCGCGCGGCUGUGCCGGCUCAUCAACGAGGCCACCACGGAGAUGGACGACGAGCUCAUGGACGUGAAGGAGGCCAUCAAGCUGCUAGAGGACGCCUCCACCUCGGCCAAGAAGCUACGCAACAAGGCCAGCUACCUGUCGCACGAGCUCGAGCUGUUCGACGACGCCUUCCUCAAGAACAACUAGUCAAGGUACCCCACACUCAACACGUGCUAAGGUUGCCAGUUUUAGCGUCCGUUUUGUCGCGUGGUGAUUUUUUUUUUAUAGUUAGUUUCUGUGACAUCUUUAAAUGUUCGGUGUGCGAGAAACUGUGGUUUUAUGUUGUGCAAUGAGACGUCGAUGUCUGAUCGUGAAUUGGCAGAGUUGGUUUUCUGUUGUUACUUCUAGCGGCGUGUGUGCAUAGCCAUAGUGGUUUGAGGUUCCGCAGUUUGGAUGCGAAGGAAGUAAAAUCGAUAACAUUGAAAUAUAUUUAGAAUCUAUCGGUAGUGUAUGAACACACAUGCAUAUAAGUGUUCAUAAAUCGAAAGGAAAGUAACAUUUAGUCAACUCUAUUUGUUCACAACUGAGACAAUGUUUGUUUUCACACAGGAAAUUUCUCUAAACAAAUACAAUCAAAAUGUUUCUUAGAUCAAAUGUUAUGUGAAUCUUUAGUUAAUCGAUUUUAUGCCUCGUAUGUAAGUUGUGGACCGGCCCAGUAAUGUCUGUAAUACUCGUGCCUGCAGUGGCCAUGCUGUCUAAAAAGACAAUUCAUCUUUCAUUAUAAGGCUCGUUUGUACUAUACUAUAAUUAUAACGAUGGAAUUGAUAAUGCAAAUGAAACCCUUGGAACGGAUGUAGCGGCGCGGUACUAUGGGGCACCCUUAUUCAUUUUAUGAUUGAUUUCUUGGAAUAGGAUAGUGAAUAUUGACAGUCAUAGUUUACGAGAUAUAACGAUAUAUUUAUACAUGAAUCCGAAGAUUGCAUAUUAAUUUAGGCCGUUGAAGGCAUCGGGCUUGCGUGUGUGUGGCGGGAGAUUCAUUAGUAUACCUUCUAGCUUUUAUGUGGACACAUUUUCAUCCAAUAAUUUUAUUCUAUAGUAUUCUUUGCUUUUACAUGAAAUUUUCGAGUACAUAAUUGUGAUCAACGGUACAUCAGAAAGUACCUUAUUUAUAAUUUAUUCAUAUAAAAACAGGGUUAAGAAUAUCUUAGUUACUAAUCUAGUUGCUGUGAAAUUAUUAUGGGCUAACUUCCGAUUAGGUACUGAUUAUUUUUACGCAUAGUUUGGUUUUAUUUGUCACUGAAUGUUUGUCUUUGUUUAGGAAUGCUUGUCUUAUAUAAAGAAUAAUUGAUACUUUAUUUGUGAUAUUAUAAUUAGUUAUAAUGCGUCCUUAAUAAUAGGAUAAUUAACUGGGUUUUUUAUAAAAUAAACUCCAGCUUUGCAGCCUGAGUUAAUUGGCUUAUUCUGGACUCUCAUAAUUUACUUUUGGCUAAGCAGCUCAAAAUAAUAGAAGAAAACAAAUAUCAUUAAAAUCCCUUACUCGGGGCUCAUCAGGGCUAUAUCGAACCCUUAUUCCAAUAACGUCACUAUACAAAACUUAACAUUUUUUUUGUUUUUGUGAUGGUAUUUGAAUAAGGUUGCGGUAAUAGUAUAUACCUAAUUUGAUUCAUAAGAGGAGAAGUAUUUAGACGGGCACAACGGAUGAGACACCAUUAGUUAAUUUACACUAAACAUAUCUGUUUUGAAUGUUGACAGCAUGGCCACGCGUACAUCUGAAGUGCAAUGUUUGUAAGAAUAAAAUAAGAAUAAACUCUUACAAAAAUAUGCAACUUUCUAGGUAGUUGAUGUCCUACACACAUAUAUUUUAAUGUUGUUCCAUUCAUUAUUAAAUUGGAUCUCCUCUCAAUUGGAGGUGAUAAAUGAUAAUGAUGAUUUAUAUUAUGAUCGUGACAGUAUCACAAGGAAGUAUUGAAUGACAACUCAUGACGGCGCGUUGUGCCAUGAACUGUCCUCUAACACCUGUUACGGCUGUUACUACUACAUGUAUAUUUUAAUGUACAAGAACUAUUAAAUUUACUGGUUGUAAAAUAGUACUUUGUUAUUGUUUUAAAAGUAAUUUAUCAGCUUUUCAAGCUAUGUAAUGAAAUCAAGGUAGACUUUAUGUCUGAAUGUUGUUACGUUGUUUUCGUCGUAGCUUUUAUUUUAGUUUAGGUUGUUUUAUUUGGUUUUUACUUGUAUUGAUCACCUAGGUGCUAAUACUAAAAGGUAAUUAUUUACGUAGAAACAUUAACAUCAAAAGUGGAACCGAGAAUGCUGUCGGAGGUAAUUCGUGAAACCUAAAUGUACCUAUGUUGUAUUCUUAUAGAUGGGACAUUCUUAUGAAAUUCAUAUAUUAUAAUAAUUGUUGUUAAUGAGAUAUGUAUGUAUUUAAACACGCUUUACCUAGCUGAUCUAAACGCAUUAUGUAGUGCAAUGUAUUUAGUUCGAUGUUUUAUUUUGCAUGCUCAAAGAUUAAUGUUACCAAUCGUAACUAAUAAAAAAAGGAAAAAUUGUAAAAAAUACCUACCACAAAAUGCAACCUAUUUUUACAUAGACUUUUCAGUAAUGUACCUAUAGUGUAAAAGUUGUUAUUA